UAUAUAUAAAUAUAAAUAUUAUUGUACACACUCUUCAAUUUUGCUCUGUUCUUCUCUGAGAUUGAUUAUAUACAUAUAUAGAUAUAUAUACUGAGAGAGAGAGAGAGAGAGAGAGAGAGAGAGAGAGAUUGAUUGUGUUGGGAGGACAAAACGAGGAUACGAUGAUGAGCAACAACGUUAACCAUAACAACAAUGGUGUUCAUCAUCAUCAUCAAAGCUUCGGCGACACAACGUUGACGAAGGUGUUUGUCGGAGGGCUGGCAUGGGAGACGCCAUUGGAGACCAUGAGAGAGCACUUCGACAAGUACGGCGAGAUCUUGGAGGCCGUAAUCAUCUCCGACAAGCUCACCGGCAGAUCCAAGGGCUAUGGUUUUGUCACUUUUAAGGAUGCCGAGUCCGCCCGGAAAGCUUGCGGCGAUCCGUCGCCGGUCAUCAACGGCCGCCGUGCCAACUGCAACCUGGCUUCUCUCGGCGCCCGCCGCCCCAAACCACCUCCCACCACCACUACCUCCCCGCCUCCACAAGGGCACAACAUUGGAGCAAGAGCUACCUCGACGCCACCCCCAAAUUACGUACAAUGGUACUAUCCAACAGGAGCGCCGCCGCAGGCGGUGGCUGCUUCCCCGUUCCAUCACCGGCGCCACCCGAAUCACCAAGCUGUUCCUUUCUAUGGGUAUUCUCCAGCGUACAUUCCCUCAAACGUAAACUACAAUCAUAAGGUAAACUACGGUGGGGCCAACAUGAACGGGCAUUACUCUCAAUUGUAUCCAGGUCAGCCUGUUAUAGGUGCAAAUUUGCUGUUGCCAGUGUAUCCUUUCUAUCAAUUUCAUGGACCGACAGUGGGCCCUCAGGCCCAUAUCUAUCCAUCCGCUACUGUCGGCCCAAUAUCUACAGAUCCGGCCCUAAUGAUAAAGCCCAAAUCAGUUGCCCCUCAAGCAGUUGGGUGUUGAACAGAAACAGCUGGCACAGCAGAAGUUCUGAAGGGGGUGGCAAAGGCUAAAAGAAAUUAGUUGUGGGGUGCAAAAUGCAAAUAAGAAAAGGUUGUGAAGGAGAUGAAUAGAUGAUGGCUGCUUAGAAAAAUGACAAUUAUUAUUAUUGUAAAGAAAAUGAUUAUUAUUAUUAAUUUAUAUUAUUAUUAUUAUUAUUA